AUGGAGAUCGGUCAUGGAGUUCAUGUCGGGGCGCCGAUGCCGGAGAAUGAGGAUGAAAGACUGAGGGUGCUGAAGAUGAUCAAUAUCUUGGACUCGGAGCCGGAGGCCGAUUUUGACAGGAUAACGGAGAUCGCGUCCAUGUGCUUCCGCAAGCCCAUUGCACUUGUGAGUUUGUUGGACGAGGACAGGCAGUGGUUCAAGUCUCGCGUCGGGAUGCCCAAGAGGGAGACAAGCAGGGAUGUUGCCUUCUGCGGGCACGCGAUCUUGCAAGACGGUCCGCUGCUGGUAGAGGACGCCACCAAGGACGACCGGUUCAAGUUCAGCCCCCUGGUGCAGCUCGAUCCGAAGAUCCGAUUCUACUGUGGCAUCCCACUUGAGGUGGAGCAUAACGCGCAGAAGCACAAGGUGGGGACGCUGUGCGUCAUCGACGACAAGCCGGACAAGAUGGAGAAGCACGAGAUUCGGCUUAUGGAGAGCCUGGCCAAGCACGUGUCCAACCUCCUACAGCGCCGC